AUGGAGCGCAACAACUCUGCCGACUCAAACCCUUGGGGCGAAGAGCCAUCGUACGCUCAGCGUCUCACAUCUUAUCACGCUCAACAGGAUGCUGCCUACCAAAAACAAAUGGACGACGUCCUCGCAUCCCCUGGAACACCUCGACCGAGCAACUUGCACGGCCAUGACACCAGUAACGGCAUCGCUGUCAGCGGCAACCGCGAGCAUGAGGAGGACGAAGAGGAUGAUGACGACUUCGUCUACGAUGGCAUCGAUACAGCACCGGCCGCAUCUUCUGGAUCUACGCCCGAUGACAGCAUCGUCUCGAGCGAGAUGAGCUCAGACACGUACAGCGCCAAGCUCAAGGAUAUCCUGGGUAGCGACGAUGGCCAAGUCGAGCAAGACCAAGAUGCUCAACAAUCCGUCGAAAUUCCCACCCGUCCUUCGGUGACCUCUUCAUCUUCGCCAGCCACGCAGAGAGGGCUCAUUCUCCAUCAUGACGCUGACACGGUCUCCAACACCACUCCACGCUACGCAGAAGAAGCUCUCAGCGACGCCGAAUCCUCGUUCAGAUACCCGCACCCGCUGCCAAAUGAUGUCAGCUUCGACACGAGAUCCGCUACCUCGUCUCAGCGACAGCGUCUCCCAUUUCAUCCCUCCUCUUCGCGCAUCUUCACCUCCAGAUCCACCUCCGGCACCGGUCUUUCACAGCUGCGCCAGUCCAACACAAUGACAUCUGCAUCUACACCGCAGCGUCCACAGGCUUACCCCUCGCUCUCGCGUUUGCGUGCUUCUGUCGGCCGCGCUGCGAGCGCCUCCCUCUCCUUACCAAAGUAUAUCCACGACGGAUCUGGCGCAUCGUCAGGCGACGUCCCUGGCACACCUUCACUCCUGGCAUCCCCUCGCAAAGCACGCUCACCUUUGCCGUUCGAGUUCACAGCAAACGGUCUUGCUGCAACAGCAGGCGCAGCUGCCCAUUCAUCCAAGGAUGACGAUGCGAGUCGCUCCGCCAUCGCAGAAUCGUCCGUGACGCAGCGUUCGAGGCAAAGCUCCUUCUCCACAAGUGUCAGCGGGUCGAUCGUUGGACAGCACCAAAAGCGUCGCCGUGCGCGCCCAUCCUUUCCGUACGGCGGCACUCUCACCGGCGCGCUCUUGCCGACUUCACAGAGCGCCACUUCGCUGCUCAGCGAUCCCGCCUCCUCCUCUCUCUCGGCACACCGUCAGAAUUUUGGUCACAAUGUUGUGCUCGGAGGUGGGACCGAUCAGAACAGCGAAGCUUCGACCUCCCAGCACAAUCUCAAAGAGACGCUGUCGAACGAGCGCAACGAGUACAGCCGCGACUUUGUCAAGUGGUCCGCAUUGCGGCGCAUCAUCGCCAGCGCAAGGACCGAUCCAGGUGCCGUCGAACCCGUCCCUACAGUGCUCGCAGUAGCUGGCGGUCUCAUAGCUGUAGGCACUCGGGGAGGAAAGACAAUCACCUGCGACUUUGCGCAGGAUCCAGUAGCCUCUUGCGGGCACGAUGGAGGAUCUCACGGCGAUGCUGUCACCGCUCUCGCCUUUUCGUCGGACCACUCAUUCCUCGGCGUCGGCCAUGCUUCCGGCAAUGUCUUCCUCUACGACCUCUCCAACCCCACGCGUGCUGCGCGGCACGUCCCCCCCGUUCCCUUGUCUUCGGUCAAAUCAGGCAAGAAGGAAGGUCAUCUUUCCGGCUCGGCAAUCGUUCACAUUGGCUUCAUCGGUCUUCGUCAUACCGCCAUCGUGACCGCCGAUAGCAAGGGCUUGGCUUUCUACCACGCUCUCGGCAAGAUCCUCGGCGUCAGCUCAAACGAUACGCUCCGUCUGCUCGGAAAGUACCCGCAGUACGAGCAUGAGGACGAACUUGGCCUGGGAGACGCCAAGAAGCGCAACACCAUCUUUCAGCUGAGCCCAUUACCGCUCGGAUCCCGCCAACACGCUGCCGACGAUACCAGCUUCAUCGCCAUGAUCACACCGACCAAGAUGGUGCUGGUUGGUCUCAAGCCUUCACCGCGAACGUGGUAUCGCAAAGUCAAUCGAGCGCAGUCGGCAGAGAAGCAGAGCGUUGCAGCGAUCGUCCAAGAUCAGUCCGAACAAGAACCAGGCUGUCUAGCCUGGUACCCGGCAUCUACCGAAACUGAUGGCAAGCGCAGGCGACAGACCAAUCCCAUCCUCGCAUUCUCAUUCGGCCCCACGCUUCACCUCCUGAGACUCAAGGUCAAGAAGGUGGAGCAGCGACCGGAUCCAAGAGCCACCCGUAACGCGAAUGGCGCAGGAGCAGCUGUCGUGGUCGAAGAAGUCGAUCCGAUUGAGCUCACCGGCGAGGAUGGCAUCGACGAGCCAGACCACAUUGUCGCACUUCAGUGGUUCAGUCCCGAUCUGCUGAUGCUCACCACCAAAACGGGUCUCGCGCUCUUCGAUUGUCGCGCCGGCAAGGUGACCGAGCGCAUGAGGGGCGGCAGUGCAUCGGCGAUUCUGGCGAAGACCGUCGAGCAGCGAUAUUACGAUGCCGUACUGCUUGGCAAGCCGUACGAUCCACACGCUGAGUUGACGGAUGACCAUGCCGCGUCGGAUGAAUCACAACACCCGCGCUCAUGGGCCUUGAGCCACAGCAUACGAAUCUCGAAAGGCCGCAGCUUUUUCCUGACUGAUUCCGAUCUCAUCGUCGGCACUCUCCUCUCCUGGGCCGACCGACUGCUUCUGUACGUCUCCCAGGGCGAUUUCCUGUCAGCAAUCGAGCUGGCCACUCUCUUCCACCAGGGCAAAUAUCUCGGUUCGGCCGUGGGUCUCCCCUCCGAUCCCGUCGAUCGCACACUUAUCGUCGCCGCCAAACUCCGCGAGCUCAUGCUGGCCUCUGCGGAGUAUGCCUUUUCGCCAGACCGGCUGACCGAUGAUACGCAUGUAACACCGGACGGGCGCGGCGUCGACCGGACGUCGCUCUUUCAAGGCCUGGCUCGCGUGUGUGCACGAGCCUGUCUAUCGCUCGGAGACCUCGAUUUUCUCUUCGACACACUGUACGACAAGUACGAGGAGAACGGCAUCGAGGCCAUCUUUGUCGGCCAGAUGGAAGACUUCAUCGUGUCAGGGGAGCUUCGUACCCUGCCCAUUCCAGUCGUGCAGAGGCUCGUUGCAUUCCGCCGAGAUAGGCAGGAGUACGCGCAGGCCGAGCGUAUCAUCUGGCACGUGGAUCCGAAAUCGCUCGAUCUGGACCAAGCGCUGUCGCUGUGCUUGGACAGGAGGCUGUACGACGCCUUGAUCUACGUCUUUAACGCUGCUCUGGACGACUAUGUCUCUCCGAUCAUCGAGCUGUUGCAUCCGCUGAGGCGAGCGGUAGCUCGUCGGAGAGAGGCGCACCAGCAAGGCGGCGCGAUGGACCUACUUCAGGCGAGCGCCGAUCCCUACGCCCACAUCCGCGUCACCGAGGCGGCAGAUCCGCAGCUGUCGGGUGCAAUGCAGGAUUGGGAUGCCGAGGAGAGGGAUAUCGAGGACGCCUAUCGCGUCUACUCUUACCUCUCAGUCCUGCUCACCGGCAACAGAUACCCCAGCCAGGAACCUUUCGAAGAGGUGCUGCAGGCGAACAAAGCCAAGAGUUCCAUCUAUUCCUUCGUCUUUUCAGGCAGUUGCACACUGUGGCCUCCCGGUCUCGGCGGAAAGCUAGUCAUGUACGGCCUGAACGACGACGCAAGUGUCAGCGAUCCGCGCAAUCAGGGCAGCGAUCAAGGACAGGACGCAGAUCACGAGCCGAUCUAUCCAUACUUGCGCCUGCUGCUUAAAUUCGAUGCAGAAGCGUUCCUAGACGCACUCGAUCUCGCAUUCGAAGACGGCUUUCUUGACGACGAAGAUGUAGUAGGCAAGCGCGUGAGCAGGCAGCUCGUGGUAGAUGUCCUGCUCGAGCUCAGCAACGCAAGAGAUUCUGAUGCUGCUCGCUUGCAAGAUACCAAGUCGCCCGAGUUGCCGCUGGUAGCACGCAUCUUUGCUCACAUUUUCAUCGCGCGCAAUGCGCCCAAGUAUCCCCAGUUCAUCUCUCUCUCGCAGCAGAACGUCGAUCUGCUCUUACGCUCCCUCGCGUCGCCUGGAAGCAGCGACGUCAUUGCGGAAGAGGAAGUGGAGGUGGUCGAGUCGACACACGAGGACCGAGAGCUGGCAGCCGAGUGCCUCCUGUCGCACUACAAGCCGCGCUUCGAUGACAGCUGGUUGGACACCUUCGAGCGAGCCUCGUUCCACCGGAUUCUGCGAUCGGCUCUCCGCCAGGAAAAGAAGUGGGAUCGAUUGCUGGUAAUGUUUCUGCGACAGCACCUGCAUACGGAGACAUCCUACCCCGGCGGACCACAUGGUGAAGCCGAGGUCAAAACGCCGGGUGGAGAUGCGUUCGCCCACUUGGAAGAGGUGCUGUUCAAUGCGGCUCGGAAGGACACGCCGGAAAGGCAAGUGCUUCAGGGUCGAUUGCACGAGCAGCUUGCGGAUCACAUUAUCGACCUUCUCGAUCUCGAUCCGCUCAAGACGGCAGGCUUGCUCGACAGGUUCUUCCCGGACAAGCAUGAAACGGUACUGCAGCGCUUGGAGCAGUUGGAUGAGAAGAGGCUGUUGCUGUAUCUGCGCUGUUUCUUCGAGCCUUUGCAGGUCAGCAAGGAAGCUGUCGCUCGAGGACCUUUCGCAGAUCCUGGCGACAAUGGAUCCGGUGACUGGACCAUGAAUGUUGCGCACGACGACGCUGUCGCCACGUCUUACAAUGCAGACGUAGGUCGAGCGGACCCGGAACACCUUUCGAGCAAGCAGAGGGACAUCUUUGUCGACCUUUUGUGCCGAUACGACCCUGAUGCAGUGGUGCGCAAUCUGGACGCGAAAGGAGCCGACUACUUUGACCUGGAGCGCCUUGUUCGCGUGUGUCGCAACAGCGGAACGGCGAUCGAUGGAAGCAGGGUCGCGACCAACAGCGAUGCGGUGCUGUGGGCGCUCGAUCGACUCGGACGAUCAAGGGAUGCUUUCGAGGAGCUCGACACGGCAUGUGCACGAACCGCUGACUCGCUGGUCUACAUUUCGUCUACUGAUCCAAACGGUGACAAUGCAGUGCAAAGCAUCGCCGACGAAUUGCUUGGAGAUGCCAGGCGCUGCGUCAACGUCGCGGUUCGCUUGUGCAUCGAGCGUGCCAAUGCUUAUGGCGGAGUCGAGGAGAGCGACGAUGAGAAUGUCGGUGCGAGGCGGAAGGUCGGUCGAGCAGAGGAGCGCUUGGACACGGACGAGGUGUGGUAUCGGCUCCUGCGAAGUCUCGUUCGUCUCGUCCAUGAUGUUGCGCAUCUCGACGCUGCUGACGGUCGCAAAGGCGAGCACGCGGAGGGACACGCGUCACGACCCAAGAAGUUGCUCGACGGCGUCCGAGACAUUGUUCAAGAUACACUUUCGGAUCUCAUCUCGUCGACUGCAGCUGAAGCCGUCUCGUUUCCCGCGCUCUUCCGCCGCCUGACUGGAUCCGGUGACAACUCAAAGUCCAACAAAAGCGGGACUACAAAGUCUGCGGCUGGUGGAGCCGAAUACUACGCCGAGAUACGAUCUGUACUGGACGGCAUGCUUUCGGCCUACCACUUGCGUUCGGAACUGCUGGCGAUCACCAACAAGUUGUUUGACCGGGACACGUUUCAUCAGUUCCGGCGCUUGCAUGCGCAGCGAAGGCACGGAUGGCGACCUGCGGGUGGAGCAAGCACGCGAUGUGCCGGGUGCGACGUGCUCGUGGUAGGGACUCGACGUGGCUCAAGCGCGCAGCGUGCAGCGCAGCGCAACGGCACGAACGUCGUCGUCGGCUCACCAGAAGUAAGCAAGGAGGCCGAAGUGGAGGAUCUCCGGCGCAGAGCGUACCAGCCAUCGCGCAGUGCCUCUUUCACAUCUGCCAACGGCAGUACACCGCUGGGAUCGAUGCUGACGCCGUCGUCGGCAUCGCUGCUGCAGACGAAUCGACGUCGGGCCAAGUCUCCGUACGACGAGAAAGCCGCGCCGCUCGCAUCGCCGCGCAUCGACAAGGGGAAAGGUGUGGUUCGAUCCGCCUCUUCCGAGUUUUCGCAGGCGAACGGCGAUGGAGGUGGAAGCUCGAGCCGUCGAUACGCGAGCGAAGGCGGAGAGGGGAUGAACGAGAUGGAUGGUUAUUUUGCGAGCGAAAGCAUGGAUCGUCGGUUGUCUCUGAAUGGAAGAAGGAGCAGCGGGAUUAUGACCAGGUCGAAUUCCACGGCGAGCAGUGUUGUGCUGCGGAUCAACGAUAAGCCGGAGGAGGCGGAGGAGGAAAACGCGGAGGAUGCGGAUGGUACGAUUACUCAGGAACAAUUUGCACCGACGGAAGAAGAGGAUGCGAGUUUGGGAGAAGGCGAGGCGGGAGGUGCGGUGGAAGGGGAAAGGAUUGUGGUUCAAAAGUGCGGGUUGGUGUAUCAUGAGAGUUGUUGGGUGAAGAUGCACGGGUGA